CCCAUCCCAAAACCAUUUCAAAACACAAUUUUUGCAUUUUUAUUUAAAUUACUAAUAACAAUUCACAGUUUAAGUUAUUAAUACUACAAGAAGCUAUAUGUGAAAAUUAAGUUCGUUACAAGCAAUGGCUGGAACAUACUACUUUGUUAUUGUAGGGCAUUCAGACAACCCAAUUUUCGAAAUGGAUUUUAUACCCGUCACCAAAGAAGUAAAGAAAGAAGACAAUCGUCACCUUAACCAAUUUAUUGCUCAUGCUGCAUUAGAUUUAGUGGACGAGCACAUGUGGAAAGUCACGAACAUGUACCUCAAAUCAGUGGAUAAGUUUAAUCAGUGGUUUGUCUCUGCCUUUGUUACUGCUAGUCAGAUGAGAUUUGUAAUGGUCCAUGAUGCUCGCAACGAAGAUGGCAUCAAAAAUUUCUUCACAGAUGUUUAUGAGACAUACAUAAAAUUAUUACUAAAUCCAUUCUAUAAAGAAGACACUUUGAUCACAUUCCCAGCUUUUGAUAAGAAAGUUCAGCUACUUGGAAAGAAGUAUUUGACCUAAGUUUAAGAAAUUUUAUUGUUUGUUCUACUUAUAUUCGAGUCACCAAACUAAGGGGAUGUAAAAGACCUGAUGUUUCAUCUCUUUCACUCACAAAAAUAUUGUAUCUCAGCAUUCCAUCGAUCACGGAUUCUUGGAAAUCUAAAGUUAUGCUAUUGUUAUCGCAGUCCAAUUCAACCGCUUGGGGCUUGAGAGGUUAAAUGGAGUUGUAUAUUGUAGAAGAUAGUAUAUCAAAAUGUGUGAGUGCAAUAAACAAGGAGUGGUGGGCUUGUGUCUAAUGCUUUUGUUUGCUGACUCGCAUAUUGCAGUAGUGUUUUUGAGAUUAAGUUGUAUAAUAUUAUAAUGUAUGUUGAAGUAUAUAAAUUAUUUUUAUA